AUGAAGAUCGCAGCCAUCUUUGCAGCACUCGCAGUGCGGGCCGCUGCCGCCGGUGUCACCGGUGCCGCAGAAGGUUUCGCCAAGGGCGUCACUGGUGGUGGCUCUGCCGCCCCUGUCUUCCCCAACACCAAUGCCGAGCUGGUCUCGUACCUUGGUGACUCUUCUCCUCGUGUUAUCGUCUUGACCAAGACUUUCGACUUCACUGGCAGUGAGGGAACCACCACCAGCACCGGCUGCGCCCCUUGGGGAACUGGUGCUGGUUGCCAGGUUGCUAUCAACCAGGACAACUGGUGCAAGAACUACGAGCCGAACGCUCCCACUACUCCUGUCCAAUACGACAACGCUGGUACCCUUGGCAUAAUCGUCCAGUCCAACAAGUCCAUUGUCGGUCAGGGCAGCACCGGUGCCAUCAAGGGCAAGGGUCUCCGAAUCGUCAGCGGUGCGAACAACGUCAUCAUCCAGAACAUUGCCAUCACCGACAUCAACGCCAAGUACGUCUGGGGCGGUGAUGCCAUCACCAUCAACGACUCCGACCUGGUCUGGAUUGACCACGUCACCACUGCCCGCAUCUCUCGCCAGCACAUCGUUCUCGGCACUCUGGCCUCCAAGCGUGUCACCAUCUCCAACAGCUUCCUCGACGGUUCCGGCAGUUACUCCGCUACCUGUGACGGUCACCACUACUGGGGCUUCUACUUCGAUGGAUCCAAUGAUCUCAUUACCUUGAAGGGCAACUACAUCGCCCACACCAGUGGACGUGCCCCCAAGGUCCAGGGAAACACUCUUUUGCACGCUGUCAACAACUACUGGCAGGACAACACUGGCCACGCCUUCGAGAUCGGCGCCGGUGCCUACGUCCUCGCUGAGGGUAACGUGUUCCAGAACGUCGUCGCAUCUACCCAGACUCCCAUUGUUGGACAGUUGUUCUCCUCCCCCGAUGUCAACACCAACGCUGUCUGCAGCUCUCACCUCGGACGUGUCUGCGAGGUCAACGGAUUCGGAUCUUCCGGAAACUUCGGUGGCCGCGCUGAUACUGGAUUCCUUUCCAACUUUGCCGGCAAGAACAUUGCCUCUGCUACCCCUUACACUUCUGUUGUUGCCAGUGUCACUGCCCACGCUGGCCAGGGUAAGCUUUAA